UGAAGAAACACACCCUUAGGAGUUGUGAGCAGGAGUUAGGGUUUAAGCGGUCCAAAGAAACAGAGAAAACCCAAACUCUUUGCAACACAAACUAAAAUGGAAGUGCACCCAAUUUGUCUUGGAAUUCCUAUCCCACAAGUCAAGUCUUCAAGUAAUCGUCUACUCGCUCAUCGAACUGUCUCUCCGGCCCACGUCGUUUCGAAAGGUCCGAAUGUUCGUUUUGGGAAUACGUUUAGAUGGCAUAUUUUGCCUCGUUUAAAGUACAAAACUGGAGGUUCUUUGUUAUGGCGAUUGCAAAGAGGAGCUAUUGUAUGUGCCUCUAGUUCUGAUACUGAGGCAAAGUUGGACAUUUCUAAGAGAGACAAUUCUGGUGUAGCCUUUGUCAGUUAUAAUGGGGUGGAGCCAUUUCGUGGGAAAUCAGGUUCUGUUUCGUUUUGUGGCUUAACUCACCAGCUAGUGGAAGAAGGGAAGUUGAUGUCAGCUCCUUUCCAAGAAGACAAGGGUUCUUUCCUCUGGAUUUUGGCUCCUGUUGCUCUCAUACUGUCAUUGAUCCUUCCUCAGUUUUUAAUUGGCGAUACCAUAGAAAAUUUCUUGGAGAACGAGAUUCUCAUAGAAUUUGUGGCUUCACUAACUUCUGAGUCUACGUUUUAUAUCGGUCUUGCAACAUUUUUGCUUGUGACUGAUCAUGUUCAGAGGCCAUAUUUGCAAUUCAGUCCAAAGAGGUGGGGACUUAUCACAGGCCUUAGAGGAUACUUGUCAUUUGCUUUCUUCACAGCAGGCUUUAAGGUUGUCGCUCCUCUCUUUGCUGUCUAUGUAACUUGGCCAGUGCUUGGCCUGCCAGCCUUGGUUGCAGUGUUUCCUUUUCUAUUUGGCUGUGCAGUUCAACUUGCAUUUGAGACAUAUCUUGACAAGCGACGGUCAUCUUGUUGGCCACUGAUUCCGAUUAUUUUUGAGUUAUAUAGACUAUAUCAGUUGAGCAAAGCUAAUCAUUUUAUUGGGAGGUUGAUGCUGCCGAUGAAAGAUGCUCCAAGAUCACCAGAAUGGCUGGAGAGAAGUGGUGCAAUGUUUGGCAUGGUGGUAACUUUCCAAGUCCUUGGUGUGCUUUGCCUGUGGUCUUUGUUGACAUUCCUUCUAAGGCUCUUUCCUUCAAGGGCCGUGGCUGGCCACCACUGAUUUUUACUUGGGACACUGUAUAUCCAUUUCUAAUGGUUCUUGAACUCCUUUAUUGGCGGGAUGUACAUUUAUGUAAGCGCCACUUGUUGACAUGGUGAUGAUCUAAUGAUCUUGUGGCCGCAAAAUUUUGCUCAAAUUGGGAUGCUUGAUUGAGAUAGAUCAUGAAGUUUGAAAUUUUGGGUGCCUAGAUUGGGGGAAUGAGGUUUGGUAGACUUCACACUGAUUUCUAUUAACCACCAGAUUCUUAUUGCAUUACUAAAACCAAAAUUUUCUUUAUUUGUGAGGGAGUUACCUUUAAUUACAAGUCCAAAAGUUGCCUUAAAGAUAAAUUUACCAUGUUAUUGCAGCCUCUGAAUGACAUGGUUUUCAUAUCUAAUACCGAACUUCUGCUUCAAAUUCCACAGAACAACACAGUAUCCCACUGACAUAUGACUUGCAGAAUCAGGCUUUAUGAACUAUGAAGGAUAUCUAUAUUUCUAAGAGUUUUCACCAGUAAUCUCGACAGGAACAUUUUCCAUCUUUAAAUUGAUGAAACCUUUUGUUGUCACUAAGAAUGGUCUCUCUUUUCUCAAUGCUUGAAAGUAUCUUGACAAAGUUGUGGCAAUCUCAGCAGAUCCUUAAGAUUUUUUAUGAUCCUUAGUGGCUCACGGAGGAGUCCUAAUAAGCCCCUAAGCAAUGGCCAACCUUUCACUGUGAUACAUCAAUGCCUUCUCUUUUGCUUCUUGGUCAAGAUCAUCAAGUACAUACUUUGUGUCUGGCAAAGUAGCCAGCUUUCCUCACCUCCUUACCCAAACACCUGAGCUUUUCAUAGGCCUCGCUUCUCUCUGGACUAGUUAUCUUCUGGUUUGAAAUUAAGUUAGUCCCUUUCUUUCUUCUUAUUACUAAGCCUAAAGCCCCAAGGUGAUACAAAUGAACCUAAUUCACCAGGCCGAUCUGUUGGUCAAGUUUUGGUGUAUUUCUCUGGUGUCUUCCUCACCACAGAGCUUGGUUCAGUUGGCAUUGCUUUUGAUUAUCUCUUUUGCUGCAGCAAUCUUCUGUGACCUUCCAAGAAGAUCAACAAUACUAUUGUAAUGCUCCAUUGUUGGAUAAAUAUAAUAAUCCCGGCUCAUUGACUCGAAAUGAUUUAAUCCUUCAUCCACUGCUCCUAAGCUAACACAAGCCUCUUUAACACCAUCAAAAGUAGACCCAUUUGGCCUCACCCAGGCUUCUUUCAUCUGGGCAAAGAUUUGAAGAGCUUCUUUUCCUUCCCCAUUUUCUGUCAAACCCAGCAGCAUCAAAUUCAGAGAAUCCAAAAUUCUUUCGGAUAUUUGCUCAAACACUCAUUUGGCACUUCUAGUGUCACCCAAUCCACAGUACAAUGUGCAGACACUUUCAUGAUGAAUGAAAGGAGGACUCCAUUGAAUAGAUAUUCUUCAAAUCCACCAAAUUUCAUUUACAGUGUAUUGCAGACAUUGAAGAGUUGAACCGCGGAAGCAUGGGUCCACCCGAGGUUGUCGACUCGACGGUGGUGGAGAUGUAAAUCAUAAAGGUGAUAAGGGUAAUUUGGACAUUUAAAUAAGCAGCUGUGAAUGGUUAUUUUCGUACUUUCAUCACUGGAGUUACAACGAAAACCCUAACCCUAAGAGUAACAUAAGUAUAAAAGAUGAUGCAGUCUGAACGAGAGAGGCAUUAUGAGGUGUGUUCUCUGCAGCAGUCCAACACUCUGAAACGACGGGUUUACCAAGAAGACAGACCAAGGUGCUGUCAGGCCAGGGGGAAUCAUUACUCAAGGGAUGUUGAUGUACCAGCCCAAAUAAUUGGUUAAGUUUCUUUUCAAUGAUUGUAAUUUGGUUUUAAUUAGAUUAUAUAUAUGUAUUUAUUUAUGUUUGAGGUGUUUAAUAGAUAAAAUUGAGGUUUUUUU